CUUCCUCAACCUUUACCUGAGGUCAACAUCACCGUGAAAGCCAAUGACAUAUGGCGAUAUUACCAAAACGUCUGCACCUGUAGUUACAGUUAUGUUUGGUGGGACUGGGGCCGGUGGGAGAGAGAGAUCGACUGGAUGGCGCUGAACGGAAUCAACAUGGCAUUGGCAUUUAAUGGUCAAGAAGCAGUGUGGAACAGAGUCUACAAGAAAUUCAAUAUGAAAGAAGCGGAUAUAGAUAAACAUUUCACUGGUCCUGCAUUUUUGGCUUGGGGUCGCAUGGGAAACAUGCGAGGCUUUGGUGGACCCUUGAAUGAUAAUUGGCAUGAGAAAAGCCUCGUCCUGCAGCACAAAAUCUUGGCCCGAAUGCGGUUAUUAGGAAUCAAUCCGGUUUUGCCCGCAUUUUCUGGACAAGUCCCUCGAAGUUUUAAAGAGUAAGUAGGUUU